ACAUUGAUUUUAUUGAUUGUAUGUACAGGAAAAAGAGUAACUGAUUGUGGCAAUAAGUUGUGAAACCUGAUGAUUUUUAACGUAGUGUGAAUAAGACUACCGUAUCAUUACUCUCUCAAGCCGAUUCGCGAAAAAUAUUCAUCGAAAAUGACGAAAGAAGAAAGUGUGGAUAAAAAAUCUGCAGAGAAUAAUGACACUGAUAAAAAGUCAUCCGCUGAGGCUGGACCAGAUCCCACAGCACCGAUAACUCGCAAGGGUGUGCUAACUUCAUUUUUAACUGGAAAACCUAUGGAAAUUCCUGAGCAAGAUAUUCUUGGCAAAUGCAGAUUUGUAUCUGAAUUUGAGAAGGUGAACAGAAUUGGCGAAGGAACUUAUGGGAUAGUAUAUCGCGCACGAGACACAAAAACUGAUAAAGUUGUUGCCUUAAAAAAAGUGCGUAUGGAACAUGAGAAAGAUGGGCUGCCUGUGAGCGGCUUGCGAGAAAUCAGUGUUCUAUUAUCCUGCAGACAUGAAAAUAUAGUUCACUUGAAAGAAGUUGUGGUUGGAAGAAGCCUAGAAAGUAUAUUCCUAGCAAUGGAAUACUGUGAACAAGAUUUGGCCAGUUUGUUAGACAACAUGCAAGCCCCAUUCUCUGAAAGUCAAGUGAAAUGCAUUGUGCUGCAAGUUCUUAAAGGCCUGAGGUAUCUUCAUCAUAAUUUCGUCGUUCAUAGAGAUCUCAAGGUUUCAAAUCUCCUAAUGACUGAUAAAGGCUGUGUUAAGAUUGCUGACUUUGGAUUGGCUAGAUGGUUUGGAUUACCUUUAACUCCAAUGACCCCUAGAGUAGUAACUUUAUGGUACAGAGCUCCCGAAUUACUUCUUCAAGCCAAAACCCAGACAACCUCGGUGGAUAUGUGGGCCGCUGGAUGUAUUCUAGGUGAACUACUUGGUCAUAGGCCGCUCUUGCCUGGGAGGUCAGAAAUCGCUCAAUUGGAAUUGAUUGUAGACUUGUUGGGAACACCCAGCGAGGCAAUUUGGCCUGAAUUUAAUUCACUACCGGCUUUGCAAAAUUUUUCAUUGAAGCAGCAACCAUACAAUAACCUGAAACAAAGAUUUCCGUGGCUAAGCGCAGCUGGCCUGAGACUGCUCAACUUCUUGUUCAUGUACGACCCAAAGAAGAGAGCUACGGCGGAGGAAUGUCUGCAGAGUAGUUAUUUCAAAGAAGCUCCCUUACCCUGUGAUCCAAAGUUGAUGCCCACAUUCCCACAACACAGAAAUAUGAAAAAGUCUAAUCCGGCCAAAGAAAUCCGUGAACCAGAAAAUCCGGUUACCGAUCAAACCAACAAUUUGCCUGCUAUUUCAGACCUUCUUGGGUCCCUCGUUAAAAAAAGACGUGUUGAAUAAACAGCAAGCAGGAUUAAUCCAAUGAUUUUCCAUGACGUCUGUUCGACAGGAGUCAGUGAACCCAUUACUCGGGAUCCUGCCAAAAUUUCUGACACUUCGCAGACCAUGGUACGUAAAAUAGAUUUGACAAUGUCUCAGUUUCAUCAUGCACCGAUUUUUUUGGACUUUGUAAUAAAUGCAAAUAAUAUCUGA